UCUGCAGUGACGUCGUGGGGAUCUCAGACCCAACUCCUCAGCUCCCGGCGCGCGGGAGGUAUUGUCGGUUGCCGAGGCUUUGUUGCGUCGUCGCCGCCUUACCUGGCCGCGGACGCGCCGUGGCUGCGGCAGCCCAGAGUGGGGUGCCAGCCUCCGCCACUGCCGCCAUGGUUUCUCCGGUCACUGUGGUGAAGAGUGAGGGACCCAAGCUGGUGCCCUUCUUCAAGGCCAUCUGCGUGUAUUUUGUGCUCUGGCUGCCUACAUCCAGCCCAUCAUGGAUCAGCGCCCUCAUCAAGUGCCUGCCCAUCUUCUGCCUCUGGCUUUUUCUUCUGGCUCAUGGCCUAGGAUUCCUGCUGGCCCACCCCAGUGCCACCCGCAUCUUUGUGGGGCUCGUCUUCUCUGCUCUAGGUGAUGCCUUCCUCAUCUGGCAGGACCAGGGCUACUUCGUGCACGGUCUGCUGAUGUUUGCCGUGACCCACAUGUUCUACACCUCAGCCUUUGGCAUGCGGCCACUGGCUCUUCGGACAGGCCUGGUGAUGGCAGUGCUGGCGUGCCUGUGCUAUGCCUUCCUCUACCCAGGCCUCUCAGGUGCCUUCACCUACCUGGUGGGGAUCUAUGUGGCCCUGAUCGGCUUCAUGGGCUGGCGGGCUAUGGCAGGGCUGCAGCUGGUGGGGGCAGCCUGGCGCUGGACCGAGCUGGCGGCGGGCAGUGGGGCACUGCUCUUUAUUAUCUCAGACCUGAUCAUCGCCCUCAACAAGUUCUGCUUUCCUGUGCCCUACUCGCGGGCACUCAUCAUGUCCACCUACUAUGCUGCCCAGAUGCUCAUCGCCCUGUCAGCUGUCGAGAGCCGGGAGCCAGUGGAGGACUACAGACUGAGCAAGGCUGAAUGAGGGGCCAGGUUCUGGUCACCCCUCUCUCUCCUCCUGGGGCUGGGGUCCAGAAACUGGGAACUUAUACGAGCUGGCUCAGGAUGGCUGCAGUACCAGCCUAGGGCAGCAGGUACCACCUGAGAAAUGCCCAAGUUUGAGGGGGUAAACAGGAAAAAGGAUCUUUCUAGUAAAGCUAGUGGUCCAGGACAAAGCUGAGAACUACAAAGGGCCAGUCUAAUGCCCCUUUCUGGGGCCAGAAGAAGAUAUAUCUCCCCACCUCUACACCAUCCAGACGGUCAAAGCCCCUCUGGAGGGCCAUGGUGCUCAGCCCCUUGACCUUCCCCCACUUCUUCUAGAUGGAAGAGUCUGACUCACCCACUUCCCUUCUUUCUGAUCCUCACAGAGUUGAGGGAGAAGGGGAGGAGUCUGUGCUGGGAUGACCCGCAUCCAGGGCGUGAAGCCCCUGUCACAGGCCCCUAUUCGUGAAGAUUGGAGGAGGAUGGAGUCUCCAUUUCCCACAUCUAUCCUUGUUACUUGAACAAUCUCAAUCUCUGAAGUGUUGGGUGGGAAGGUGAAGGGGUGUCUGGGCAGGAAGGCAAGAUUGGGGACCUCUUUGGCCUGGGAGUUUGGGGGGCCUAAGGAUUCAGGUUGGUCCCAUCUCUCUUGAAGGCCAGCCCAGAGCUCAGGCCCCACACCACCACCCUCAGACCCUAUCGCCAGGACUAGGGUGAACCAUGCCAAAGGAAGGGGCCAGCCUGUGCAUGGGUGUGUGCGUGCAUGCAUGUUGUGUGUGCACACAUGUGCACAUGUGUGUAUGAGUUCUGUUUGUCAUCUCCCAGCCUAUCUAUGUCUUUCUCUGCCAGCUGUCUCUGACCUGCUGUGUGUCAAAGUCUUAUAGGGAGAGGGCCUCAGGGAGCUGCUGGGGGGUGCUGAGCCUGGCUUCGAGAGCUGGGGCACUCUCCACAUACACUCAGUUCUUUCCUUCUUGCCCCUCCUGCACUGGGAGCAAGAGGAGGGGGCUCUAAUGACACUCUAGGGUCAUAAGACCCAAGGCACAUUCAAUGCAAGAAGAGCCAGGAUGGGACAACUCCAUCCUGUUGCUCAUGUGAAAAAUAAAAAAUAAAAACCAA